CCCUGGGCUUGUAGGCCGACGUGAUUCUGCUUACGGAAAAUGGUUCAAGUGAGAGGGUGCCAGUGUGCUUUCUCUCCCUCAGGUAAAAGCAGAGAAGCAGAGACAAAGAGGAUCAACAAGGAGCUGGCAAACAUCAGGUCCAAGUUCAAAGGCGACAAGGCCCUGGACGGCUACAGCAAGAAGAAGUACGUGUGUAAGCUGCUGUUCAUCUUCCUGCUGGGCCACGACAUCGACUUUGGCCACAUGGAGGCCGUGAACCUGCUGAGCUCCAACAGAUACACGGAGAAGCAGAUCGGCUACCUGUUCAUCUCCGUGCUCGUGAACUCCAACAGUGAGCUCAUCCGGCUCAUCAACACCGCCAUCAAGAACGACCUGGCCGGCCGCAACCCCACCUUCAUGGGCCUGGCCCUGCACUGCAUCGCCAAUGUGGGCAGCCGCGAGAUGGCCGAGGCCUUCGCCGGGGAGAUCCCCAGGAUCCUUGUGGCGGGGGACACCAUGGACAGCGUGAAGCAGAGCGCCGCCCUGUGCUUGCUCCGUCUGUACCGAGCAUCCCCCGACCUGGUUCCCAUGGGUGACUGGACGUCCCGCGUGGUGCACCUGAUCAACGACCAGCACCUGGGCGUGGUGACGGCCGCCACCAGCCUCAUCACCACCUUGGCGCAGAAGAACCCUGACGAGUUCAAGACCGCGGUUUCCCUGGCUGUCUCCAGGCUGAGCAGAGUUGUGCCCUCGGCCUCCACUGACCUGCAGGACUACACUUACUACUUCGUCCCGGCGCCCUGGCUGUCGGUGAAGCUCCUGCGGCUCCUUCAGUGCUAUCCGCCCCCAGAAGACCCUGCAGUGCGUGGCCGCCUGAGCGAGUGCCUGGAGACCAUCCUGAACAAAGCACAGGAGCCGCCCAAGUCCAAGAAGGUGCAGCACUCCAACGCCAAGAACGCUGUGCUCUUUGAGGGCAUCAGCCUCAUCAUCCACCACGACAGUGAGCCCAACCUGCUGGUGCGGGCCUGCAAUCAGCUGGGUCAGUUCCUGCAGCACCGUGAGACCAACCUGCGCUACCUGGCCCUGGAAUCCAUGUGCACACUGGCCAGCUCUGAGUUCUCGCACGAGGCCGUCAAGACGCACAUUGACACGGUCAUCAACGCACUCAAGACGGAGCGGGACGUCAGCGUGCGGCAGCGGGCCGUGGACCUCCUGUACGCCAUGUGUGACCGCAGCAACGCACCGCAGAUCGUGGCCGAGAUGCUCCGCUACCUGGAGACCGCCGACUACUCCAUCCGGGAGGAGAUCGUGCUGAAAGUGGCCAUCCUGGCGGAGAAGUACGCCGUGGACUACGCGUGGUACGUGGACACCAUCCUCAACCUGAUCCGCGUCGCGGGCGACUACGUGAGCGAGGAGGUGUGGUACCGCGUCAUCCAGAUCGUCACCAACCGCGAGGACGUGCAGGGCUACGCCGCCAAGACCGUGUUCGAGGCGCUACAGGCCCCCGCCUGCCAUGAGAACCUGGUCAAAGUGGGCGGCUACAUCCUGGGAGAAUUCGGGAACCUGAUAGCUGGGGACCCCAGGUCCAGCCCCCUGAUCCAGUUCCACCUGCUGCACUCCAAGUUCCACCUGUGCAGCGUGCCCACCCGCGCACUCCUGCUGUCCGCCUACAUCAAGUUUGUGAACCUGUUCCCCGAGGUGAAGGGCACUAUCCAGGAUGUGCUGCGCAGCGACAGCCAGCUCCGGAAUGCCGACGUGGAGCUGCAGCAGCGCGCCGUGGAGUAUCUGCGCCUCAGCUCCGUGGCCAGCACGGACAUUCUGGCCACCGUCCUGGAGGAGAUGCCCCCGUUUCCCGAGCGCGAGUCAUCCAUCCUGGCCAAACUCAAGAAGAAGAAGGGCCCUGGCGUGGUGACGGACCUGGAGGACACCAAGCGGGAGCGGAGUGCCGACGUGAACGGGGGUCCUGAGCCCGCCCCGGCCAGCUCCAGCGCCAAGUCCACGCCUUCUCCGUCGGCAGACCUCCUGGGCCUGGGUGCCACACCCCACGUCCCCGCGGGACCCCCGGCCUCCUCUGGCGGGCUGCUGGUGGACGUGUUCUCAGACGCACCCUCUGCCAUGGCCACUCUCGCUCCCGGUUCUGAAGACAACUUCGCCAGGUUUGUGUGCAAGAAUAACGGGGUGCUGUUUGAGAACCAGCUGCUUCAGAUUGGACUCAAGUCUGAGUUUCGGCAGAACCUAGGCCGGAUGUUCAUCUUCUACGGGAACAAGACCUCCACACAGCUCCUGAGCUUCACCCCGACGCUCAUCUGCUCAGACGAGCUGCAGACUCAUCUGAGCCUGCAGACCAAGCCCGUGGACCCGACCGUGCACGGUGGGGCUCAGGUGCAGCAGGUGGUGAACAUCGAGUGUCUGGCCCACUUCUCGGAGGCGCCCGUGCUCAGCAUCCAGUUCAGGUACGGGGGAACCUUCCAGAACGUGUCCGUCAAGCUGCCCAUCACACUCAACAAGUUUUUCCAGCCCACAGAGAUGGCUUCUCAGGACUUCUUCCAGCGGUGGAAACAGCUGAGCAAUCCUCAGCAGGAAGUGCAGAGCAUCUUCAGAGCCAAGCACCUCAUGGACACGGAAGUCACCAAGGCCAAGAUCAUCGGCUUCGGCGCCGCGCUCCUGGAGGACGUGGACCCGAACCCCGCCAACUUCGUGGGAGCCGGGAUCAUCCACGCGAAGGCCUCCCAGAUCGGCUGCCUGCUGCGCCUGGAGCCCAACCCGCAGGCCCAGAUGUACCGCCUGACGCUGCGCACCAGCAAGGAGGCCGUGUCCCAGCGGCUGUGCGCGCUGCUGGCCGAGCAGUUCUGAGGCGCCGACCGGCCCCGGCCCGCGAUGCCCACGAUGCCCGCGAUGCCCACGAUGCCCCGCCUGUGCCCGCGAUGCCCGGGACCGGCGCCGCUCGGCACAGCCGCGCAUUAAAGGGAGACGGAGGUCGGA